AUGAAGACCACUAACAGACCCGACGAGUGGAAGAUAGAGCAGGGGCUGGCGGGAGCGGAGCUUCCUGUCCUUGAUAUGACAGGACCUCAAACCAAGGCUCUUCCCCCUCAGAUCUUCGGCGACCUAACGAAGGAUGAUGCCGCCAUAAAGAAAGUGGGCGACCCGAACAUGUUAUUUACGGAGGAGCGACAAGGUUGGACUGGCUUCAUCGAGUGGGAGAAUUCUCCCGAGAAGAAGGCCGCGGCCCAUAAGAUCUUGACGUCCCAGACGUUCCCCCCAAACCCAGAGUUCCAGCUCGGUCCCAUUCCAGGUAGCAAUCCUGUCCUCCCUGGUACUCAUUGGAAGAUGUGGCACAAGGCGGUUGGUGGUGCUCUGUCUCGCAUCCCCGACGACUCCUGGGACAUUGUGCUGAAGGAGAAGCAUGCCGACAUGCUCCAUCUUCUCCAGUUUCCGUACAAUGGCGAACCCUCUAAGCGCCUGGUGACCGACAAGGAGAUUACUCCCAAUCCCCUUCACUUUGUCCGAAACCACGGCGGAAUCCCGAUCAUUGAUAAAGAGCACUACAGCUUUCUGCUGGACGGGCUUGUUGCGAAUCCGAGAUCGUUCACUUUGGAUGAUCUGAUGGACGAGACCAAGUUUCCCAGGAUGGAGAAGACAGUGACAAUGCAGUGUUCGGGAACCCGACGUAUCGAGCAGAUUCUCAAGUACCCCGGCCAAGGUGACGAGGUGCCUCAAGCGCCCUGGGCUGAAGGUGCGAUCGGAACUGCCAAGUACGUUGGCAUCAGUCUCAAGAAAGUCAUCAAAGCCUGCGGUGGACUCAUCGAAGGAGCAAAACAUCUCGAAUUCUACGGCGCCGACACCUAUUUCAAAGACGACAAGACCAUGAACUAUCUCGUCAGCGUUCCUUGGUCUAAAGUGAGGGCAAACGAGGUCAUGCUGGCCUGGGAGAUGAAUGGCGACGUUCUUCCUCGUAUUCAUGGAUAUCCCCUCCGCAUCGUCGUCUUCGGUUACAUUGGAGCACGAAGCGUCAAAUGGCUUUACCGCAUCAAGGCUAUCAAGAACCCUACACGUGCGCCCGUCCAGAGCCAGGAGUACCUCUAUUUCCCUCAACAAGUCGGCAAGCAUAACCUUAAGAUGACGGACGGCAUACAGAUUCAGGAGAUGCCAGUCAGCUCUGCCAUUAUGUCGCCUUGGACUAAGCAGGUCGUGAUACACAACGGCAAGAUUCGAUGCAAGGGAUGGGCAUACUCAGGUGGGGGUCGCUGGCCGGAGCGGGUUGAGCUCUCAGCUGACGGAGGGUUCAAUUGGUACACCGUACCGGUCGAGAAUCUCUCCAAGAAGCGUAAGUGGACCUGGCGGACCUGGGAGAUCGAUCUUCCUUGCGAUGUAGAAGGCUGGAUUGAGAUCGCACGCCUCCGGGAAUUUGCAGACAAGGGCAUCCCGUUCGCUCCAAUCACAGUGCCCCUGGCUUUCCCAUCUCAGUCCUGGGACGAAUAUGAAGAGUUUUGGAAGAAGCACGAUCCACGGGAUGCUGAGGAAUAG